AUGUUUUCAUUUUCACAAUCUACGAGAUGGGCACUUGCUCAGCUUAGCGUGUGCGAAUGUCACCCUGCAUUUUCUUCCCACACUAGGCCUCAAAUCUCAACUAAUCCACAAGGGUUGCAGAGUCUCCCAUUUGGCUUAGGAUUUACUAACCAGUUGUCCGGUGGGCAGCUGGGUAUCAGAACAAGGCAAGUGAGCUCAACAAGAGAGAGAAAUGGAGAUUCAGAUAAUAAUAUCCAAACAGAGAUCAAGCCUUCUUCUCCAACACCUUCUCACCUCAAAACCUACAAAAUCUCUCUCCUUGAUCAGUACGGACCUUCUGGGUAUGCUCCUUUACUCCUUUUCUACUCUUCUGCGACCCAAGAAACCAUCUCCAACCCAUCACAGAUCUUAAAACAAUCUCUUUCACAAACAUUAACUCAUUAUUAUCCGGUCGCCGGAAAGAUUGGGGACAAUCUGUCCAUUGAUUGCAACGAUGAAGGGGUUUUAUAUAUCGAGGCUAGAGUAAAUUGUUCUUUGAAUGACUAUCUCAGCAAUCUCGAUGCACCAUCGAUAUUCAAAUUCUUUCCAGAUUUGUUUAGCUUCAACCCUCAAAAUCAUUCCUUCACAGAGAAUCCAUAUGCUAUACCAUCUCGUCUGUACGAGUCGGGUCCUUCUGUUGUUACAAGAAGGUUUUUCUUCGACGAAACGGUCAUAGCAAAUCUUAAGGCCCAAGCAACAAGCUCUAGAGUGCAGAAACCUACACGCACAGAGGUUGCGGCUUCAGUCCUCAUUAAAAGCUUGACGGCUGCAUUGAAGAUGAAAUCGGGAACCCAAAAGCCAACUUUGAUGAAUUUUCCAGUCAACUUGCGACGAAGGGCUACUCCACAGUUACCGGAAACUUGUGUGGGGAAUCUACUUUUGUUCACAACUCUAUUGUCCAAAGGUGAUGAAGAGUUGGAUGGCUUGGUGUGGAAGAUGAGAGAAAGCGUGUCGAGAAUCAAUGGCGAUGUUGUGAGGAGCCUUCAAGGCGAUGGAGGGUGCUUGAAGUUCACUGAGAUUGUACAAGAGAUUCAUGAUGAAUUGUUUUCCGACUCUGGGAAGGUCAGUAUUGGGCUCAAUAGCUGGUGUAACUAUGGGUUAUACAGUAUUGAUUUUGGGUGGGGGAAGCCAUUGUGGAUUCCGGUUCCUGGUUUCGGCAUCAAGAAUUAUAUGUUUCUGAUGGAUACAAGAUAUGGUAAUGGAAUUGAAGCAUGGGUGUCAUUGGAUAAAAAAGUCAUGGCGGUGAUUGAACAAGAUAAGAAGCUCCUCUCUCUGGUUUCUUUAGACCCAAGUCCUUUAGAACUAGGAAGUAAGAAUUUUGAUUCAUGUCUUUCCCUUGCUGCUGAUGUUUUUUUUUUCCCAGCAAACCAAGCCAGCCAGAGACCUCUGCAAGAGUGA